GAAGCCAGUGUUUUUCGAUGUUUAUUUCCUAUUCUACAAUUAAUACAUGUUUCUGUCAUAAUUUCAACGUUUUCUUCGGAAUUUUGCUCAAUGUCUCGCCAAUUUUUUGUUUUUCUGAACCUUUUGUUCAUUUUUUUUCCAAUGAGUCGCUGUGUAAUAUCACAGGCAAAUCAGGAAGAUUUACUUCGCUCGUUCAAGAGCUAUUCCGACGUGACAAUGUUUCACUUUACAGUACCGAAAGAGGUGCCUCGAGCUACAUGGCAAUUCGCUGCUUUUAUGGAUGAUCCUACAUGCCAUACACGAAAAGUUUAUAUAUACCUGAAGUUUGGUAGUUAUCCAGUAAUCACUGCAAAUAACGGAAUAUUUGUAUCAACAAAUAGGUCUACCAAAUAUGAUUACGAUAUCGUAGUCACUACUACCACAACUUAUCAGCCGAAAAAUGUAACUGUUGUUCCAGUAUAUGAGCCGCAACCUGGAGAUUGGUUCGUAGCAGCUUAUAUGUCUUAUUGGGAUGAGAAAGUUCAACAGCAGGGGCUAGGACACAAAUGCCAAUAUAGCAUAGGUGCAAUAGCUCUAUGGUCGCAAAUAGAUAAUAUUGUAAAUGUUCCUGUUAAUUAUCAAACGAGAUUGCGAACAAGCGCAACGACAACAUAUUACAAGAUAUAUGUUCCGUCAGGAUUAUUGAGCUUCCGUUUAUCGGUCUGGAACUGCAGCUUUACGUUGCAUAAUUUUCGUGAUAUUAAUAAACCUUGUAUCGAGGCUAUGUACCUGAAAGGACGUGUUUUGCCAACAUCCAGUCAUUUUCAUUCCACUGAAUCUAAAACACUUACCACAAACGCUAGUUACUCUUUCAUAGAACCUUCUCCUUAUGAAGAUAGUUAUUAUUAUUUAUCAAUUGUUUCGAGUAGCAUUAUAGAAUUCGACAUCAAGGUUGAUACAACAGGUAAUUUAACUUUGAUACAUUUUAUUCUCUCAGU